AUGGCAGCCAACGCCUCCGCUGUAUAUGACCUCCCUCCUCUUCCGACAUACACCUUAAGCCCACGUCCCCCGCUAUGGGCUCCGGUUCCCGAUAACAUAGUGUCGCUGAUCCUCCCGAUUGUGGCGUACUGGGCCUUAUCUAUGGUCUACCAUUACAUCGAUACCAAAGAUCUCUUUCCACAGUACCGCCUACACACCCCCGCAGAGGUUCUGAAGCGCAACCACGUGUCUCGCUGGGAUGUGGUCAGGGACGUCGUUCUUCAGCAAAUCAUUCAAACCAUUGCGGGCUUCGCAAUGGGAUACUUCGACCCUCCGGAAUAUAUCGGCAAGGAAGAAUACGAUGUUGCGGUUUGGGCGCGUCGCCUCCGGCUCUUGCAGCGAGGCUUGCCCCGUUUGUUGGCCUUGUUCGGCAUCGACGCUCUGGGUAUGUCGAAGAGCCUCGCUCUGAGUGGUCAUACCGUCUUGGGAGGAAUCCUGGCCGGUGGUCGCUAUCCCGGACUCACGCAGUCCGUGAUUCUGGACGACGGCGCUGAGAGCGUGGUUCCUGCCUUUGCCGCCUGGGAGCUGGCAGCCGGUAGCUUCAUCUACUGGUACUUCGUUCCGGCGCUGCAGUUCGUCUGGGGUGUAUGCGUCGUCGACACCUGGCAGUAUUUCCUUCACCGCGCCAUGCAUCUCAACCGCUGGCUGUAUGUCACUUUCCACUCGCGUCACCACCGUCUUUAUGUGCCGUAUGCGUUUGGUGCUCUCUACAACCACCCUGUCGAGGGUUUCCUGCUCGACACCGCCGGCACCGGCGUUGCCUUCCUGACGGCUCGGAUGACCAACCGCCAGGCCAUGUGGUUCUUUACCUUCUCCACCAUCAAGACCGUCGAUGAUCAUUGCGGAUAUGCCUUCCCCUGGGAUCCCUUGCAACAUCUCACAUCCAACAAUGCCGCUUACCACGACAUCCAUCACCAGAGUUGGGGAAUCAAGACCAACUUCUCUCAACCGUUCUUCAUCUUCUGGGACCGCCUGCUGAACACUCAAUGGAAAGGCGACGUCACGCUUCGGUACGAACGAUCUCGGGAGUCCGCUCAGAGAAAGGUUGAGGACGAGGCAGCUUUGGCCGCCGAAACUCAGACCGAGACCACAACGAUGACCCCCUCAAUCGUUUCUACCGACGAGUCUACGGACUCAAGCACCCGCACUCGCCUGCGUCGAAAGACGGUCACACUGUCACCGCGCGUCGACAGUUUGAAGGGCUCCAACCACGGCGUUGCCAGCAGUGUCUUGUAA